AUGGCUGCUCAGAGGGACACUUGUUGGCUGGAGAAGGGACCAACUGCAAUGAGAGAAAAGGCCAAACCUUGCAAAGAGAUCACGCAUUGUGGACUUGGGAAAAUAUCCAUUUUCAGCCUGGAAAGUCGAGCGAUGCACCUCAACACACUAGUCCAAGAGGCCCAGGACAGGGUGAGUGAACUGUCUGCUCAGGUGGAGAAUGAAGGAUUCACCCUGGACAACACAGAGAAAGAGAAACAGCUGAAAGCUUGGGAAUGGAGAUAUCGGCUCUACAGACGCAUGAAAACAGGCUUUGAACAUGCCAGAGCCCCCGAGGUGCCAACCAAUGCCUGUCUCAUGAUAACCAGCAGCACGUCACUCACUGUCAGCUUCCAGGAGCCUCUCAGCGUCAAUGCAGCUGUAGUGACGAGGUAUAAAGUGGAGUGGAGUAUGUCUAAAGACUUUUCCCCUUUGGCUGGAGAAAUCAUCAUGGAUAAUCUGCAGACCUUAAGAUGCACAAUCACAGGACUUGCAAUGGGCCAACAAUAUUUUGUCCAAGUCUCAGCUUAUAACAUGAAAGGAUGGGGACCUGCUCAGACCACAACACCAGCAUGUGCCUCUCCUUCUAACUGGAAAGACUAUGACGACAGAGAGCCCAGACACAAGGGACAGAGUGAAGUUCUGGAGAGUCUGCUGCAGCAGGUCCGAGCCCUUCAUCAGCAUUACAGCUGCCGGGAAAGUUCAAAAUUACAAACCACAAGCCGCAAGCAGUCAGUAUCAAGAAGCCUAAAACACCUAUUCCAUUCCUCAAACAAGUUUGUGAAGACCUUGAAACGGGGACUCUACAUAGCUGUUAUAUUUUAUUAUAAAGACAAUAUGUUAGUCACCAAUGAAGAUCAAAUACCAAUUGUUGAAAUAGAUGACUCUCACACCAGUUCCAUUACACAAGAUUUCCUGUGGUUCACAAAGCUGUCUUGUAUGUGGGAAGACAUAAGAUGGCUGAGGCAAAGUGUACCUAUCUCCAUGUCCUCAUCCACAGUAUUGCAAACUCGGCAGAAGAUGCUCACUGCAACAGCCCAGCUACAGAAUUUACUUGGGACACACAACUUGGGGAGAGUUUACUAUGAGCCCAUUAAAGACCGGCAUGGAAACAUACUCAUUGUUACCAUCAGAGAGGUGGAGAUGCUUUAUUCCUUUUUUAACGGGAAAUGGAUGCAGAUCUCAAAGCUGCAAAGUCAGAGGAAGUCUCUAUCAACACCUGAGGAGCCAACAGCCUUAGACAUUUUACUGAUAACCAUUCAG